AGGGGUUAAAAGAGGUGCGGCCGGCGGGAGGAGGAGGAGACAUCACACGCGCCGCUGUGAGCUCCCUGCUCUCGCUCUUCUUCAUUAGGUUCACCGCACGGAGGAGGACGGGUCUCGCGGGAAGUGGCGGCGGAACGAGGGACUGUUAAAGCGAGAGACGCACCAAGCUGGGCUCUACCAUGAGCCGGUCGACCCCCCCUGCCCCUCCGGAGCGGGCUCGGAAUGACAUGUCGCCUGCGGGCCGACCCCGCGCGCCCUGAGAGCCCGGUCCCGCGCAACGCCCCGGGGACACCGACACACGUGCGAGCCUCCCCCGCUCCUGAAACUGGAAACCGCUCGUGCAGCCCAACUCUCCCGUCACUCUUCCCGGUCAUUCCUCACCGGCGAUCUGCAGAGGAAAGUUGGACAAAGUUCUGCGAGGACGACGCGGCGGCCGGUGGACCGGAGGGUCCGCGACUCCGUGAGGGCGCGCUCUGCACAUCAUCGGGAGUCUUAGAGUCUGAAGUCUGAGAGGAUCUGAGAGGAUCCCUGCGGUCUUACAGGGUCCACCAUGCCGGUCCGUAGGGGCCACGUUGCCCCCCAGAACACGUUCCUGGACACCAUCAUCAGGAAGUUCGACAGUCAAAGUCGUAAGUUCAUCAUCGCCAACGCGCGGGUGGAGAACUGCGCCAUCAUCUUCUGCAACGACGGCUUCUGCCGCAUGGUGGGCUACACGCGCGCCGAGAUCAUGCAGAAGCCCUGCACUUGCAACUUCCUGUACGGUCCCAGCACCAAGCGCAUGGCCAUCGCCCAGAUGGCCCAGGCCCUGCUGGGGGCGGAGGAGCGCAAGGUGGAGAUCAGCCUGUACCAGAAGGACGGUAAGGAGGAGAGCCCGUGUGUGUGUGGGGAUGCUCGCUCUGUAAGAGAGCACGAUGUCAGACAGGUGCUCCUGCCAGUGAACCCCAAGAAGGCUGUCUGGCCCUUUGAGACCAGCUUCUGGUCCUAG